AAAUCCAUUCACCAAACGCGCAAGCACAACGCAACCCCCUCUUUUAGCGUUCGAACAAAAUUAGGGUUUUCUCAACCCUAGGGUUUACCUUCUCUUCCCCUGUUCGAAAUUAGGCAAAUCAAAACAGAAACACGACUACAAAAAGAAGAAAAGAAGAAAAAGAAUCAAUCAUUCAUUGAUCGCUGAAACGGUACGAUGACAGGGAAGGCGAAGCCGAAGAAGCACACGGCGAAGGAGAUCGCGGCGAAGGUGGACGCGGCGACCACGAACCGCGGCGGCGGGAAGGCGGGUAUGAAGGACCGAACCGGGUUGGAGAAGGGCGGGCACGCGAAAUACGAGUGCCCUCACUGCAAGGUGACGGCGCCGGACGUGAAAUCGAUGCAGAUCCACCACGACGCGCGUCACCCUAAGAUCCCCUUCGAGGAGGACAAAGUUGUCAAUCUUCACGCCACCACCAGCGUUCCCGAGUCCUCCAAGCCUCGCCCCGGUGUUCGCGGAAGCCUUAAGAAGUGAUCUCAAUCGAUCGUUGGAAUCGUUAUGGCCCCUCCUUCAUUCGUAGUUCUCAAUCUCUUUUUUUUCUUUCUUUUUCUUUUUAUUUUGUUGCCUAAGUUGACGUUGUUGAGUAUUUUGGAAGUGGGUUUUUUAAGGGAAGGGGUUAUGAGGAUGAUGCCGUGUAUGAAGGGGCAGAGAAGGUUUUUUUUUUAUAUUCUCUUAUUGAGAAUUGAGAACGAGAUUUUUAACUGAACCCUUCUUUUUAAGGAUGGAAUAUGUAUAUUGUUCCAUAUAAUGGAAGUUAAAGUGGUGUUGUUGACCUACUACUACCA